AAUGUCACACCGGAGCCCAAGCCCAGCAGCAGAGCGGGGAGAGGUUGGCGCUCCUGGCCAGAGGUGGCGGCGGCUAGGCCGGGGCCUGGGGAAGGAUUCCUCCAGGAGAAAAGGUCACAUAAAGUCGCAUUUUGUCAGAGGACACAAAACAGCAGCUGAUUUCCAAAUUUCUUGACAAGUUCUGACCUUCAGCUUCUUCUCAAGCAUGCAAUGACCACCGGUGGCUUUCUGCCUUAGGGACCAGGAGAGAAUGCUCCAAUGGAGAGGUUCCAGAAAUUCACUUUACUUCUUUUCAUCGUAUCUGCCUCGCUAACAGGUCUUGGCUUUUGUUAUUCUAUUGUAAAUGGCCCUACUAAUGCAACAGUCCUUGCUGGUUCAGAAGCCCGGUUUAAUUGCACUGUUAUGAAAGGAUGGGUCAUUCUCAUUUGGUUGUUUAAGGCAAAUCCUGUCCUCACUGUCAUUAAUCCUCAAGGACCUAUUGAAACAUCAGACCGCUUCACCUCUCAAAAUUAUACCAAUAAUGAUGAAUUUACCUCAGAGCUGAUCAUCCACAACACCCAGCUAAAUGACUCUGGAAAAAUUGAAUGCAGCACCCAGCAAACUGGUGAGAGCAGCUUUGCCUUUCUUUCUGUUCAAGUUAAUGGAUCUUUAUUCAUCAAAAAUAGCACCUUAACAGUUAAAGAGAAUGAAACACUUGAAAUUGUUUGUGAAGCCUUAGGAUGGGCUCCAGCUCCAGACAUUACUUGGAUGACAAAUGACUCUCUGAUUGAUAAGUCGAGGUAUGUUACCCAGCAAAGUCAAGGAUCUAAUGACCUCCACAAUGCCUUGAGCGUCCUGACUUUGACUCCAACAGACACUGAGAUUUUGACUUGUUUAGCUGAUAUAGAAGCACUCCCUAGACCUCAGAAUGCAACUAUAACUGUUUUCUUUGUCAACUCUACUCUAGAAAAUGGUUACAGUGAAGACAGCAUAAGCACAUGGGUUAUUGUACUUGCAGUCGUGUUUUCAAUUGUUGGUUUUAUUCUCCUGGUCAUUAUUAUUGUGGUUGUCGUACGCUGCUGCUGCCUGAAGAAAGGAUCCUCGUACGAAAGCGAAGCAAGGAAAAUUUCAACUACAAAGAAAACAGAUGGCCAUGCAGAAAAAAGGCAAAGGAAUGGUAGCGAAAAUGAGGGAUACAUUCCAGAGGAACCACAGCACACAGAACAAAUCCCUAGAAUUGUCCUUCCUCCUCCAAUGUCUACAAAGUUCACUGUCCGUGAUGCAGAUUUACAAACCAGUUCUGUACUAAAGGGGCAACCUCAAAGACAUAAUGACCAUCCGGUCAGCCCAAAGAAAAUUAGAAACGUGACACAUGUUUAGAAUGGACUUCUGGAAAUUCCUCUGUCAGCUGCAUUUUAUACAUUUGGACGGCUUCCUGUGACCAAGAAAGGUCACCACCAGUUCUCUCAAAUUAUAGAUUAUUUUUGUGUUUAUUUAUCAUGUAAUGAAAUAAAAUUGCAACCUCUGCAAUGUAGCAUAUGAUAGCUCAGCAAAAUAAUGGACACAAAUGGCAGCCUUAAAUUCAGAGACAAUGAGUUUGAUGGGACUCUACAACAACAAGAAUCUGGUUUGGAAUUCGAAGGAAUCACCAAAACUCCUAUCAGACAGAAAUAUCAGGUUAUCCACAGCAAGUUCAAGGACUGGAACUGUUAGUGAUUGAUUAGCUCAGAAGAAUACUGGUUAAUAAACUAUCUAUUGCUUUUUUUAAAAUUUACAUACAGCUGAUCAUCUCAAGCUCAUAGAUCAACCGCAUUUUUCAGUUCCUGUUCUGUAAUAAAACCAAGGGAAGUUUUCAUCAGGGCUGUUUCAAAAUUUCUAACAAAAAUAUCUGUGGAUCAGAAGUGAUUUUUUUUUAUAAAUGAAUACAUUCUUUUGUUAAAGGUAUUUGUCUUAAAAAUGUUGUUCCAGUGUUAAAUAAAAAGCAAUUACCCAUAUGCCAAAAAUCCUGUUUUGACUGAAAGGCAAAAAUCUUGAGCUGAAAAAUAUGGAUUUGAAAAUCCUGAUUUUUAAGAGUUGCUGCUUAAUGCUUUAUGUCUCUGUUCUACUUGUGGGCUGAGUUUGGCAGCCAAAUGAUGUGGGCCACAACAAAGGGUGGCUGUUCCCAAUCUAAAAACUAUGGUUUCAUUAAAAAAAUGCUUAAACGUAUCUUUUUUUUUUUUUUUUUUUUUUACGCAAACACGAACUUCUUUCAGAAAAACAAGUUCUUUUCCAGUGUGCUCAUCCUUCUACCCACUCAAGGCAUUUUGAAUUAUUCAGCGUUUUGCAUGCUAAUCUUUUGUAUGAACCAAUGCAGGUGCUCUUUGAAUGCUGAAAGAAGUUGCUGCAUCUCAGUGAUAAUCUGUGUAAUGAAAAUAAGAUAUUUGCAACCUAAUCUCAGGAAAAAAAAAUGUUAUUUUGCAUGUUUAGCAUUUAGGAUCUCAUUAAAUUGUGACGGAUUUUGCACUGCUAGUCACAUUCUCAUUCAGUCUGUCAGAACAAGCACUGGGACUAAUUCAUCAUCUGCCAUGUGCAAUUGUAUCAAAAGCUCUUUCAGAUUCUGUCCAUCUCCACUGUUUCUGUCUUGUUUGGUUAAGGAGGAGCUUUGAAAUGUAUUCCCUUUGAAUAUAAUUGUACCAAAAACAUGUUAUGUAAAUAACUAUAGUGUUUUACAGAGAAAAUAUAAGUAAUUUACACUGUG